AUGGGCGUCCCCAUCUACACGACAGCACCAGCCCCGAUCUCCCUGCUCGCAGAACCAACAACAACAAUGGGAUCAUCAUCAUACCUGCCGUCCUACAGUCCGCCUUUGUCAGACCACGGCUACCAGAGCGGGUACCCGCCAAUGGCCCCGGCCUACAGCAUGGGUGGCAUGGAUUACUCGCACCAGUUCCAACAACCAACACAAUACGGAAGCCGACCGCAGAUGCCCGUUGGACAGGACCCGAGCAUGAUGUACGGCGUACCGCCCUCGAUGGGCGGCGGGCCCGGAGCCCCGGACCAAGGGGGACACGUCAGGGUGGUGCAGAGCCGUCCCAAGCCCCAGUGCUGGGAGCACGGCUGCAACGGGCGCCAGUUCUCGACCUUCAGCAACCUCCUGAGGCACCAGAGGGAAAAGUCCGGCCAGGCCGCCAAGGCGACGUGCCCCAACUGCGGGGCCGAGUUCACGAGGACGACGGCGAGGAACGGCCACCUCCUCCACGACAAAUGCAAGCAGCAGCAGCGCCGGAACACGUAG